AGCCAGUUGAGUUUAAUAAUUGAUCCCAAAGGCAACCAUGGCUGUCCUGAAACUCUUCGCUUCUCUCCUUGUCGGUCUCUGCGCCUAUUAUUUCUACAGCCAGGAAACCUUCUCUGAAGAAAUGGUGCAAGGGAAGCGCGUCCUGGUGACGGGGUCGAGCACAGGGAUAGGGGAGCAAAUGGCCUACGAGUUUGCCCGGAUGGGGGCCCACGUGAUGGUGACAGCCGGGACGGAGAAACGACUCCAGGAGGUGGUUCAGAAGUGUCUGGACCUGGGAGCCAGCUCCGCUUGGUAUGUUGUGGCGGACAUGAGUAAUUUGACUUCUGCCCAGCAAGUUGUGGAAGAAACCAAGACCGUCUUGGGCGGUCUGGACCUGCUGGUACUGAACCAUAUGGGAGGGUCUGCCCAUUUUGGCCCAUUCAAAGGAGACAUGGAAUCCGUGAUCAACACCAUGACCGUCAACUUCUUUAGCUAUGUCCAGCUCACGGUUUCUGCACUGAGCGCAUUGCAAGAGUCUCGCGGCAGCAUCAUCGUCAUAUCUUCCAUGAGUGGCCGAAUUCCAUCUCCAUUUUCCAUUGUGUACUCCUCAACCAAAUUUGCCCUGGAGGGAUUCUACAGCGGGUUGCGGCUUGAGAUGUACCUUCGGAAAAUCGACCUGCCUAUCACAGUUGCCGUGUUGGGGUACAUCGACACAGACUCUGCACUGAGGGAAGUGGGUGGCAAAAUCACCAUGACGGCAAGUCCGAAAGAAGACUGCGCCCGGGAGAUUGUGAAAGGCGGAGUGCUGAGGCAGCGGGAAGUUUUCUAUCCUUACUGGGUCACCAAACCUGUCUUGCUCCUCAGAGACUGGAUGCCCAAAGUCUUGGACCAAUUGAUUGAAUCCUAUAAAGUGGAGAACAUCCUCUAAAAAGGUCUCAAUUCCAGAGUUCCAUAGCAGCUUUGAGACUGCUGUGUGAGGUGAUUAAUUAAUUAAGUAAUUGAUAAUGUGGCUGUCUUCUCUCUUCAGCACUGUGCCCUGGUUGAUGGACCCCACACUCAAUCUGGGCCCCAGCAAUUGCCUGGCCACACUGUCCUUUGGUGCCAGACUGAGUGCCCCCCAAUAAAUGUGGCUCGGUGGUGCAUGC